CUUUGCAGGCGGGAUUCGCACAGCCAUGGCUGCCUCCUGUGGCGUUUGGCUCAGGGACCCGGUGGAGUGGGUGCUGUGCCCCUAUGACGAGCAUCACCGCGUUCCCCGGGCGUCGCUGGAGAGGCACGCCGCGUCCUGCCGGCUCCGCAAGAUGGGCUACUCCGCCGAGGAGGAGGCUGAGAUGUACGACUCCAGCUUCUUCUACGAAAACCUGAAGGUUCCUACCGUCGCCAUGGAUAAAGACCUACAGUUUCACAUUGUUAAGCAAGCUAGAGCUCAAAGUAUGAAAGAGGGUACAGGCUACAGCGAAGCAUCUUAUUCUUCACUGCCUGUAGAAGUUCCACAAAAUCACAAACGUUUCACCUGUGAUCUGACUCAAGCUGAUCGCCUUGCUCUUUAUGAUUAUAUUGUUGAAGAAACAAAGAAACAGAGGUCAAGAUCCCAAGUAAUGGAAAAUGACAGCGAUCUCUUUGUGGAUUUAGCAGCAAAAAUCACCCAAGAUGAUAGUCAGAAAGGUCCAAAGUCCCAUCUUGAAAUUCUGGCUGAAAUGCGAGACUACAAAAGGCGGCGGCAGUCAUACAGGGCUAAGAAUGUUCACAUAACAAAGAAGUCUUACACUGAGGUGAUCCGGGAUGUGAUUGGUGUGCAUAUGGAAGAACUCAGCAAUCACUGGCAGGAGGAGAAUAGGUUGGAUAAUGCAGAAAUAUGUGAAGGAGGGAAGUCAAAAUCUUCAGGAAGAAAGGAAGACAGGCGGUCAGCUUCAGUGGACUCACGGCAGUCUGGAGGAAGCUCUAAGGAUACUGAACGCACCAGACAUAGGAGAGAGAGCAGCAGGAGUCCAAGUAAACGAAAAAGGAGUUCUGAAAGAGGCAGAGAUUCUCGAAGGAAAAGAGAGAGGGAUGAAGACAAGUAUCACAGCCAUAAAAGAAGAAAGUAGGAACAAGACCCUGAUUAUUUUGUCACCCAUUUCAAAAACUACUUGCACAGGAACUAUCAUUAUUGCUGUUCUGACAGGGACAGCAAUGCUAUGUGGCGGUAUUACAUGUGUUGGUGUUGUAUCACAGCUGUGCUUGGAGACAAAACCAAAACAGCAUUAAGGUCUAUCAAGAUGG